GUCCGUAAUGCGCACAACUACCUCAGAGAUUUCAUAGACGAAGAAGAGCUGUACUACAAAUCAGGUCGCUACAUCUCCUAUCUUGAGAAAUGGAAUGGAAGAGGUCUGGAUUUCUUUAACCGUAUGCUGAAACUCGCCAUUGACUUGGUGGUGGAAGACAUCUGGAAGCCUAUAGAUGCUGUUGUCGUGGAAGCAUGGAUCGAGGAUUUGGUUAGUUUUGGAUAUGAACCACCCAAGCUGAGUACAACUCCUAAACCGUGCAAGCAUGUCAUCGAAAACGCAAAAGAAAUGAAGUUCCAGCAGCAACCCUCGUCGCAUUUAAGAAUUGGAAAGAAAAUGAAAGAAAUACAGAGCUUAGGUUAA